ACCAUACUCGUAGCACAUUGUUUCCUUAUCAAGUGUUCACAACUUACUUAGUGUAAAGACAAACAGGUCGACUCACAGGCAUGACGCCAUUUCUCUGUUUUGUAAUUCUCUUCAUCGCCGUCCCCCAUGCAGUUCGCGGGGAGGUAUGUGCCUAUGUGCUGACGCAAGACUGCAACUUUCUCCCGGACAUGAACCGUGUCUGCGGCACAGAUGGGACUUCGUACAGGAAUAACUGCGCCCUGGCCAAGGCAUACUGUCAAGACAAUACAAUCCACAAAGCCCAUGAUGGUCCCUGCACAGGCGCAACCACAACCACAGCCCAGCCGACCACGCUUAAACCUAUCGAUGGAGGACAAGUAGCUUUGGACAUCUUCUGUCUUGACCUUAUCUACAUCAACUGUCCAGCUGGCGGUGUCCAGGUCUGUGGCAGUGAUGGGACUUUCUAUGUGAACAUCUGUGAGUUCGACAAAGCACGUUGUUUCCACCGGGAUUUGGUCAACGGCAAGAAUUGUUAACUAAUCAAGCAAUAAAAUUAGAAGUUG